AUGAGCGCUGAAGCCUCCUCAUCCACCGCUCCCAAGAAGGGGAAGAAGUCCAGGUCGACCGUCAAUGACGCAGCCGCCCCAGAUGCAGAGGAGGUUCCCAAGAACAAGCGGCACAGGAAAGAGAAGCCGUGGGACACGGACGAUAUAGAUCACUGGAAGAUCGAGUCUAUGAGCGCGCCCGACCCCGACACUCACCGGCCCUUUACCGAAGAAUCCAGCUUCGCCCUCCUCUUCCCGAAAUACCGCGAGCCGUACCUCCGGUCCGUAUGGGGUACGAUCACCUCUGCUCUCGACGGACUGGGGUUGGCGUGCGAGCUGGAUCUGGUACAAGGACGGAUGACCGUCAAGACGACGAGAAAGACCUGGGAUCCGUAUAUCGUCUUCAAGGGGAGGGACGUAUUGAAGCUGUUGGCGAGAGGAGUGAAUGCGCCUCAGGCGAUGAAGGUGCUCCAAGAUGAUAUCGCAUGCGACGUCAUCAAGAUCGGAACGCUGGUACGGAACAAAGAACGCUUCGUUAAGCGGCGACAGCGGAUCGUUGGUCCUAACGGGAGUACCUUGAAGGCAGUAGAGCUCCUCACCGACUGCUACGUCCUCGUCCAGGGAAACACCGUUUCCGCAAUGGGAUCCUUCAAGGGGCUCAAAGAGGUCCGCCGGAUCGUCAUUGACUGUAUGAACAACAUCCACCCCAUCUACCGGAUCAAGGAGUUGAUGAUCCGGCGAGAGCUGGCAAAGGACCCCAAGCUCGCCGGGGAGAACUGGGACCGAUUCUUGCCUAAAUUCCAGAAGAAACACCUCAAAACGUCCGAAAAGACCGCUCGGAAGAAUGCGGCCCUGGAUCGGCAAUCCGACCCCUCGGAGAACCCCAACGCUAUCACCAUCUCGCUCGACCCUUCUCCUGUUACCACUUCCGCCCCAGCACCUGCCGCACCUACCCUCAACAAACCCAAAAAGAAGGUCUACACCCCCUUCCCCCCUCCCCAACAACCAUCGAAGCUCGACCUCCAACUGGCUUCAGGAGAGUACUUUCUCAAGCCGCAAGAGAAGGAGGCGAUUGAGAAGCGCAAGCGGGAGGAUCUGCAGAAUAGUCGCGCGGCGACCAAGAGGGCAGAGAGGGAGGAGGCGUUUGUAGCGCCUCCAGAGGCUGUAGGGGAGAAGGUCGCGGAGAGGAAGAAGAAGCGCAAGGCGGCUGAGCUGGGGACGAUGGAGUGA